AUGCCAUUUAGUUCCGAUGCUCGUAACAAAAUCAGAGAAACCCUGAUUAGAUUUCGAAAAUUCAUUUUGAACCCUAAAGUUCGUGGGCAGUCUCUGGAAAGAGACGAUGUUGAAUAUGGAUAUGUUGGGAUUAGAGAAAAGGGUUUUAAAGAAUGUGAAAUUUCGAUUUCAGAUGGACUUCUUGAUACGAGUGGAGAAAAAUAUAACCUUGAUAUAUCGGGCGAGUCUGUGGAGUUCAAAAAAGGGAUGGAGAGUGAGGAGGACAGUGAAAUUGAAUUAAGGGUUUUGGAUUCAUAUAAUAGGAAUAGAAAGCAAAGUGAAGUUUGUAGAAGUAUUGAGGGGGAUGAAGAUGAAUCAAGACACCCACUAGUGAAAGAAGUUUGCAGGUUAAUUGAUUUUCGGGCAGCAUGGACUCCAAAGCUUGAAGGGGAGUUGAGGCACUUGUUGAGAAGUUUGAAGUCUAGGCAAGUUUGUGCUGUACUGAGGGCUCAGUCUGAUGAAAGGGUUGCUUUGAAGUUCUUUUAUUGGGCAGAUAGUCAAUGGCGGUACAGACACGAUCCAAUUGUGUAUUAUGCAAUGCUUCAAGUUCUUAGUAAGACUAAGUUGUGUCAGGGGGCUAAGCGGGUGCUCCAGCUUAUGUUAAAGAGGAAGAUUGAGUGUAGGCCUGAAGAUUUUGGUUGUGUGAUGGUUUCUUUCAGUAGGGCUGGGGAUAUUAGAAAAGCUAUGCAGAUAUUAACUCUAAUGCAAAAAGCGGGAGUAGAACUUGAUCUGUCCAUAUGUAAUACUGCAAUUUAUGCUCUGGUGAAAGGCCAUAAGUUGGAGAAGGCAUUGAAGUUCUUGGAAAGAAUGCAAGUUAUUGGGAUUAAACCUGAUGUCAUUACAUACAAUUGUUUAAUCAAGGGUUACUGUGAUGUACAUCAACUUGAAAAUGCAAUGGAGCUAAUCUCAGAAAUGCCCUUCAAGGGUUGCUCCCCAGAUAAAGUUAGUUACUAUACCAUUAUGGGAUUUCUCUGCAAGGAGAAAAGGAUCGAUGAAGUGAGAGGGUUGAUGGAGAAUAUGCUGAAGGAUAGUAAAUUGUUGCCCGACCAAGUUACUUACAACACCAUUAUUCAUAUGCUUUCCAAGUAUCUUCAUGCGGAUGAGGCAUUAGGAUUUCUGAGAGAAGCAGAAGAAAAAGGGUUCUUUAUUGAUAAGGUCGAGUACAGUGCAGUAAUAGAUUGCUUCUGUCAGAAGGGGAGGAUGGAUAGAGCAAAAGAACUUGUGAAUGAAAUGAUCUCAAAAGGAUGCACUCCUGAUGUUGUGACAUAUACUGCUGUUGUGAAUGGGUUUUGUCAAGUUGGAGAGCUUGAUCAUGCUAAAAAGUUACUUCAGCAGAUGUACAAGCAUGGUUGUAAGCCAAACUGUGUAUCAUAUACAGCAUUGUUAAAUGGCCUUUGUAGGAGUGGGAACUCAACAGAAGCGAGGGAGAUGAUGCACAUGAGCGAGGAGGAAUGGUGGACCCCAAAUGCGGUGACAUAUAGUGUGUUAAUGCAUGGAUUUCGUCGAGAAGGGAAGCUGUCUGAGGCAUGUGAUUUGGCCCGGGAAAUGAUCAGAAAGGGCUUUUUUCCUACUCCGGUUGAAAUUAACCUCUUGAUUCAAUCUCUAUGUCGAGAGGACAGAGCAAGUGAAGCAAAAAAGUUUAUGGAGGAGUGUCUGCAUAAAGGGUGUGCUGUCAAUGUGGUAAACUUUACUACUGUCAUUCAUGGAUUCUGUCAAAAGGGUGACUUAGAGGCUGCUGUUUCUGUCCUUGAUGACAUGUAUUUAAGUAACAAACACCCUGAUGUUGUUACGUAUACAACAGUCAUUGAUGCAUUAGGGCGGAAGGGUAGAAUAGAUGAAGCAACUGAACUGGCCAAGAAAAUGCUUCACAGUGGUUUGCUUCCUACUACUGUAACAUAUCGCUCGCUCAUUCAUCAUUUCUGUCGUCAAGGCAGGGUAGAUGAUCUGUUAGAAUUAUUGGAGAAGAUGCUUCCAAAACAAGACUUCAGAACUGUGUACAACCAAAUCAUUGAAAAGCUUUGCAGUUCUGGACAUGUCGAUAAGGCUUACAAGUUAUUGGGGAAAGUUCUGAGAACGGCAUCAAGAACUGAUGCGAACACGUGCCAUGUUCUCAUGGAAAGUUAUAUGAAGAAAGGAAAUUCUCUCGGCUCAUAUAAAGUGGCUUGUCGGAUGUUCAAUAGGAAUCUGAUUCCUGAUAUUAAGUUAUGCGAGAAGGUGAGUAAGGAACUAAUGUUAGAGGGGAAAGUUCACGAAUCAGAUAAACUUAUGCUACGGUUUGUGGAGCGUGGCCACAUCUCAAACAAGUGUCACCAUGCUGGGUUUGGUCAAGGAGUUCAUCUGGCUUAA